ACACGAGGUCAAUUCGACACCAAUACUGUAUUUGAAGACAGAAGCUGCACUGAAGUGAACGUAUUCUUAUCGUAAGUUACUAUCUGAAUAAACACAGUGUAUCACUAUUUUUAUACCAACGAUUGAGAGUUAAAAACAGCAUUACCUUGAAAAUGCAAACGGUCAAUAUCAACGUGAAUGUCUUCUUUAUGUUAUGUUUGUGUCUACAUGUUGUUGCGGAAGAAAUAUGCGAUCAUGUGAUAUGUUUUGGAAAUCCUGGGAUUAAAAGAUCAUCAGUAUGUACGUGUGACUGUCAAAACACCGGGGUACAAAACCUUAUUAAGAAAAGUGUAGCUUGCACAAUAAGCGAUGAUCAAGACUUGGGUCUACUUUUCGAUAGUUUGCCCCUCACGCAGAGGAUACAGCUCACAUGUGGUUCAUCAUCUGUGAUUCAAAGGCAAUUGAACGAGUCCAUUAUGUCGAAGCACAAUUCCACUCUGGUUUCCUUUCGAUCGUGUGGAUGUAAAUUUGAUCAAAUAAACCAACACACGUUCAAGAACUUCAAGAAUUUAUCGGAAGUGGCAAUCGUCAAUGGUAAUAUCACACAUGAAAGUAUUCCAGCAUUUUUAUCUAUUCCAACGUUGGUAACAUUAAAUCUGGAUUCCAAUCAUUUUCCUCGACUAGAUUCGUACACGUUCUGUAAACAAAACGUUACAUGCGCGUUGCAAACGCUAAGUUUGCGUUCGAACAGUUUACAUAAUUUAUCCGAGUCGACAUUCCGAGGAUUAUCAGGACUUCUUAAAAUAGAUUUAUCUGGAAAUAAUCUUGAGACUGUUCCAAUUGACCACUGGUCAGAUUUGAAUUCUUUGACUAAUAUUAAUUUAACAUGGAACCGUAUUCAAUACCUUCCCAACAACACAGCUUUACAGAAUAUCGAAACAUUUGACGUUUCUGUCAAUAAAUUAACGCGCUACAAUUUGAAAAUGGGACGGGGCACCUGGAAUUUCUUACAAUAUCUAAAUGUUAGUCACAACGAAAUUUCUAUCAUUAAAACAAAAGACUUUGUGUUGUACGGUGUGAAAGUACUGGAUCUUUCAUUCAAUAAGAUUGAAUUCAUUGAAAAGGAUGCAUUUGAUGAUGUCGCUGGAAUUGAGAUAAUAGAUUUACGUUACAAUCGGCUAAAAAGGAUACCGGACGAUUAUCAUAACCAGAUUGAGUACUUGUACUUCUACACCACCAAUGUGUUUGGAGUGUAUUUUUAUGGUAACCCAUUAGAAUGUGGAUGUAAACGAAUAGAACAUCUUAAACGUGGUAAUGGUUUACAAACAGAUCACUUACGUGUUUUAGACUACAACCAGUUAAUGUGUGUUGAGCCGUAUUCGGCCGCUGGUCAGUUAGUAUCCGAAGUGAGUCUUCAGAAU